UCGGCUCUUUCCGUGAGCGCUCGGGGGCGGGAUGAUCACUCGGUCACCUGGACAGCGAGGAGAUAGAGAGGUGAAUGAAGCGAGGGCGAUGGCGCGUCUCCACACGUAUCCUGGAGGAGAGGGAGCAAGAGGCAAAGAAUGAGUUUCAGAUCACAUUUAUCUGACAACAUGUUUAAUGAAUUGACAACAAAUAUGUCCCAGCCAUCAAAAGGCAAACUGAAAAGGCAGCGGCGAUCCUUCACUGCGCCGGGCAUACUUAAGAUCUUUGGCAACGAUAUCUGCAAUGGCGCGAACUACAAAAGUGUCCUUGCCACACCACGCUCUAGUGCCCAGGAGUUGGUCAAAGAAGCCCUGGAGCGGUACUCUGUGAGUAAGACGUCUGUCAGCGAGUACCUGCUCUGUGAUGUCAUUGGGAGGUUUGAGGGGCUGGACAAACGCUGGCGAACGGAGUGUCUCCGACCACUGGGGGACAAUGAGAAACCACUUCUCCUCCAGGAUCUUUGGAAGCCUAAGGAGGGGUUUGCCAGAAGAUUUGAGCUCCGCAGGCAGUCUGAGGUGGAGGACAUGGCUUCCAAGGAGAAAGACACAACAACUGCAGAUAUUAACGCUCAAGCACGGAAACUUCAGCGACACCGUGCAAAAGGCAAAGACUUAACCAUGUCUGACUACAGGCACAAAUUACCACCUCUCAGGCAAAGUGUGAGUGAGACGAGCAUCGCUGCCAUUGGGAACCAAGAGGAGGAGCAGCAGAGACUUUACUCCACAUUGCCCGGGCAGUCUGGAAAGAAGAAGAAUAGUCAAUGCAAAAGCGGGAAGCUCUACAGCAGAAGCAGCAAAGAGAAGCAAGAAACCAGCCUUCAUGACGGUUACUCUAACGCAAGCUACCAGGCCCCUCAUCUUCUGCUUCUGCAGGGGUAUAACCAACAAAGUGAUUGUUUGGUGUAUCCUCUGGAGCGUGAGAAGCAAAUAGUAGGACAAGAAACUGCGUCGACAAAGCCCAACAUUUGCUUAUCAUCACCCGACAUCCUUUCUCUGCACUGCAAAAUCAAAAGGUUUAAACAAUCAAAAAAGCAAAGUUGUCACCUUGAAGAAAAGACCAUCGUGGAGUCAUUCCCAAAUGCCUUCACGAUCGUAAACUGUGUACCAGUGGAAGGACCAGCGGAACUGAGGCAUGGCGAUCUGAUUGGUUUUGGACAACAUUAUAUUUUUCUCUUCAAAGAUCCUUUAGCUGCUAAACAGCUGCCAGCUCAAACCUUUUCAAUGCUGAGACAUUUGCAGUGUUUUGCUGGCCACAGGAGUAGCCGGAGAAUUCCUGUUUGCAAGACAUGUGGCUCCAUUGUUAAAAACUGCUCAGCAAACGUGCAAAGAAAUGCCAUCUCGGCUGCAAACAGAGACACCACUGUUCAAAAAAGGAAGCUGCAUCUGGAAUAUGAAAGGGCCUUUGAAGAUGUGCUGAUUGAUAAAAUCUUGACUCUUAUCGAACCUGGUGGAGAUGACCAUAAGCUAACUCCAGCCUGCCUGCUCUGUCUGUGUAUUCAGCAUUCAGCUGCUACCUUCCAGUCAGGUGAUUUCAUGAGGCUCCUUCUGAAGAUUGUGCAUAGAAUGCAAGGAAUAGCAUGGGGGAAAACCAAAGAAUUGGCUGAAAAGCAUUCUCAACAACAGGAUACAUUUUCGCAACCUCUGGUCAGAAUUACAGACCUGGUUCCAGACCUGCAACAUAUUUUCUUCUGGAUGUCCAAUUCCAUUGAGCUGCUUUACUUCAUCCAGCAGAAGGUUCCAGGAUAUAUACAGGGAUUUGAGGAUCUGAAAGCACAAGGUUCCAAAGAAUCAUUGCUCUCAUCCACAAUUUCACUCAAUGAAGAAGUUAUGACUAUUUUGGAAGAAUUGAUCAUGCAUUCAUUCCAGCAAUGUGUGUACUACAUCACAAAGUCGCUGUACGUUGCACUUCCUGCCUUCUUGGACUGCAAUCCCUUCCAGACGGAGAGGGGACAUUCCUGGAUGAAUGUGUCUCCUGUCCCAGAGGCAGUUCGUAACAUCAUGCAGAUAUACAAGACCACCCUGGACCUCCUCCACCAGUAUGAGAUUCACCCAGAAAUCACAACACAAAUGUUUGCUUACCUUUUCUUUUUCUCCAAUGCCUCCCUCUUCAAUCUGCUGAUGGACAGGGGUUCAAGGCACCGUUUUUUCCACUGGUCAAAAGGGGAACAGAUGCAAGGCAGUCUCCGCCUGUUGUUGGACUGGAUACAAAAUGAAGGAAUGGGGAACAUCGCAGAUGAAUUUUUUUCCAAAUUCAGCAGUGCUAUAAAGCUUCUGGCUAUACCGGCCUCUAUUCUCAUGCAGUGCAGCUUGAGUAGUCUCCAGAGAGAGUUCCAUGCCUUAACCCCAUCACAACUCCUUCACAUACUAACACACCACCAAGUGGCACCUGGUGUGGACCCUGCAGCAGCAUUACAAACAAGUGCUGAAGAGGGGGAAACAUUGCACAAAACAGAGGACAUUCUGCUGAGUUUUCAUAGGUAUCCUCCUCUGGUGCUGCCCACCAGUAAUUUUAAGGUGGAUCUGGAUGCAGAGACUGUGGAGGACAACUUGUACAGGCACCUGUUGUAUAUACGCCACUUUCUUUGGAGUCUGCGCACCAAGUUCCAGUCAAACAAUGGAUGUUCUAUAAGCAAGGAACUACAGGCUGAAUCUCCAGUUUACUACAAUUGUCAUGAGUUUUCAUCGGACAACUUAGCCACAUUUUCCAAUCUCAAGAUAUUAGAUCAACAAUCAGGCCAAAACAAUCACCUCAGUAAUAAUUUUGAUGCAGAAAUAGAUGGAACUAGGUUGAGCACUGCUUGGGUCGGUGGAUCGAAUGGUGAUUUCAGUACCUGCCACAAACAGCACAACCUGCAUCCACGGACUGCCCAGGGGAGGCGCAGAGGCCCUGGGCAAAAUGUGCAGCCAUCUGACCCUUCCUGCCUCUUAACUCCUCCAAAUACACCAUUGAAUGUUGACCAUGUACAGACAAAUGGAGAUAGUAGGCUUGCACCAAACUCACGGAGAAACGGCCACCACAGAAGCAGAGCCAACGAGGGAGAAGGAAGAGUAACAGCGACAUAUGAUCUACCGACUCCAACGUCUUCGAGCCUGAGCUCUGGUGAUGAUGAUCUCUGUUGCGUAUAUGUUGUGGAGCUGCCGCGGGGACCUGUUGGUUUAGGGAUGGGACUGAUCGAUGGACUGCAUACAACCUUAAAAUCGCCCGGCAUUUACAUCAGAACCCUUCUGCCUGACAGCCCGGCAGCCUCUGAUGGGAGACUGGGAAUCGGGGACAGGAUCCUGGCAGUAAAUGGAACCAGCUUAAUUGGGGCAGAUUAUGACAGUGCAGUGAGCCUGAUUCGCUCAGCAGGCGAGAGACCACGAUUCCUCAUUGCCAAGUCAGACUUCCUCAUUGCUGAAAAGAUCAGUGCUUCGUCCUGUUAGUUCUCAGGUAUUGGACAUUACCUCAUCAUCCUUUCAUGUUUCAGUGAUACGUGGUUGACAAAUGGCAGUGAAGAAUUGUAUUGUAGCUGUUCCCCUGCUUUCCCUCCUAGGAUGUUACAAGUUUAUACAAAGUAAUUUCUCCAAAAAAAAAAAUCAUUUUUGUCCAAAUAUGAUUUAAAAACCAGCAACCACAAAAGGCUCAAAAUCACCUCAAAUCAUUAAGAGAUUAUUUUUUUAAAUGCCACAUAUGAAAAUUUAAGUGGUGUCCUAAAUAUACCAAUGCUCUCCACCUGAUAAUAAUUGUAAAAUGGAGGUUAGUAAAGGCCAAGCAAAUGUCACAUGUGUGAUCAGAGAUUCCAUUUAUUUUUAAUGUUACUCGAGAUCUAACUGGAUGCAGUUGAAACUUUGAUUCCCGAGUUCUGCCGAAGAAAAAUUAAGAUUUAAACUAAUAAAGGUCAUGUGAUUGAAGUGGGCCAUUCGGCCCAUCAAAUCUACUCCACCAUUCAAUCAUGGCUCUGCUACCUCUCGCUCCUAACCCUAUUCUCCUGGCUUCUCCCCAUAAGCCCUGACACCCGCGCUAAUCUAGAAUUUAUCUAUCUGCUGUAAAAAUAUCCAUUCACUUGGCCUCGACAGCCUUCUGUGGCAAGAAACAAAGGAAAAAUUAACUCUGACAAUAAGAGUUGUAGACCAUGCCCCUUAAGACUACACUAGUAUCAGCUUUCUGAUUUCAAUCAGAGGGUUGUGGAUUUCUGCCCACUGUUGGAUUUGCAUAGACGAGGCUGAUAGCUGGGUCCAUUAAAUAUAGCACAUCAUUCAGCAAAGUGUCUUUCAGUUAGCUACCCAUUCUACACUGCUGCACUAAUUUAAUAUUCCCCAAGAACCUCGAACAAUUACUGUUUUAAAAACCUAGGAACAUGUUCAAGAAAGUAUUUUCCUACAUUUGUAAAUGUCGGUCAAUUUUAGUACAAGUAUCCUGACAAAAUCCAACGUUGAAUAAAGUUGGGACUGACUGGAAUCUGGUUUCACCAAGAACUUUCUCCAUCAUAGCAAUUGGCUCAGGUGCCCAAUCCAUGCUGUGCUGAUCAAUGAAACCAAAUCUUCAAUUAUUAUGUAAAUUAAUAUGUUAGACCAAAGAUAUAUUUAAAAAUUGCUGCUUUAAGAACCUCUUAAAUAUUAGACAAAUGAGCCUGGCUGCUUGGGUUAUAUCUUUGAUUGGUGUAAUAUUUGCAUGUAAUCUAUAGGGUUUUACUGAUGUAGGAGCAAAUCCCUAUCAAUACUCUAACGGAGCAAGUUAGUCAGCCAGGGCCAAAGUGGGAAAUGCUCCAGUGAGUCUGUACCACAUUUAAUGGUUGCUCCAACAUUAGACUACAUGUUUUGUAAAACAUAAAGUCAAUUGUACAUUUAAGGGCCUGUCCCACCUUCACGACCACUGACGGGUUUGCCCUUGACUCGUACUCGCAGCAUGGUCGUCACAAGGUCGUAGGAAGUCAUAGUUAGGUCGUAGCAGGCCGUGAUUCUAGUUGUGGGUACUCGUGGCAUCAAGUAGGUCAGGGCGUUUUUCUAGCCUGAUGAAUAAUGUCCACGCAUAAAAAAGGUCGUGAAAGUGGGUCAGGCCCUUUACUAGUAUAACGAUAGAAUUAAAAUUCUUAUACAUUAACAUAAUGCCAAUUUAUGGCACCUGACAAUAGUAAUUUUAAAAUGCAUUUUACUUAAAUAAAUGUAGAUAAUUACAAGAUUUAUGUUACUGUUUUAAAUCAAAUUCAAUCUCUCUCCCCUCAGCCCUAAAUCUGUUAGUGUGGGGCUUCAACUAGAAUAAACCCUCCUGCCACAACAGUUGAAGUAGGAUAGACGUGUUAAGAAUCCUAUAUAAAGUGAUACUUUACCAUAUGUGAGGUGUGCAGAGGUAACACAUGCAUUCAUUUUAAAGAGUACUUGCAAAGUUUCUCCCUGUCAAAACAAAAUAUCAGCAGUGUUAAAGAGAAGAUGCUGAAAAUAUCCAGCAGACCAGGCUGCAUCGAUGGACAGAGAGUUUACUUCUCAGGUCAAUGGCUUUUCUAUGUAAAUUUCAGCAGGUACAAUUAAGAUUUGGCAGCACAAGUUUUGAGGGACACUGUUAGAGACUCUUUGCUUCUGGAAUUCAAACCUUUGCCCUUCAUUUGAUGAGAUUGUUCUGACAGCUGGCACCUACUGGAUGGGCCAAAUGGUCAACAUCUAUGUCUGUCUAAAGCAAAUGAGAGAAAUUAGAAGACUGAGAUUAAUUCUCAGGACAUGAGUGCAGUCAGAGAGGUGCUGUGUGCUGGAGCUGAGUAAACAUAGAAACAUGGAAAAAUAGGUGCAGCAGUCCGCCAUUCAAUAUGAUCGUGGCUGAUCAUCUAAAAAUCAGUAUCCCGUUCCGGCUUUUCCCCCAUAUCCCUUGAUUCCUUUAGCCCUAAGAGCAACUCUCUCUUGAUUGCUCUUGUUGCCAAGUCAUCAGGUCAGCCCACCUUUAACAGAAUCAAAACAAUUAGAUGGCUAUUCGGUUCACUGAUAUUAGUUGGCUCGCGGUGUGUACACAAUGUCACAGAUUACAGAUACAACAUGGAAACAGGCCCUUCAGCCCACACUGACCAAGAAACAUAAUUCUAUGUAAUCCCACUUUCUCAUCUACUCCCAAUACACGAGGGGCAAUUUACAGAAGCCAAUUAACCUACAAACCCACACAUCUUUGGGAUGUGGGGAGAAACCAGAGGAAACCCACGCAGUUACUGGGAGAACAUGCAAACUCUGCACAGACAGGUGUUGAGUCAAGAUAGAACCUUGUCUCUGGUGCUGUGAGGCAGUAGCUCUAUCUGCUGUGCCAUUGUGUUGCCCCUAUGACAAUGUUUGUCAGUUUGCCCACAAAGUACCAGUAGUUGUACUGCAAUUCAUUUUACAUGAGGUUUGAGAGAUAACUCUCUUCACAUCUGUUCUUGGAUGUGCCAAUAGGCUCUGUCCAAGAAACUGCUUCUUAAAAUAUUGCCAGAAAUUUGAGAAUUGCAUAAGAUGUUGGGGGCUUUGGCCAAACAGAAAAAUUACAUGACCCACCCCCACAUCCCAUUGGGAAUAUGACUGUUGUGGGCAGGAACACAGACCAUGUUAAACAAUCAUCUUGUCUUAUUCUUAAAGAUCUUUUUUAACUUUUGACUUCAACUUUUAAUGUUUUGUACUUAGUUUAGAACUAUUAUGCUGACGCGGUGGUGGUCUAGGCUUUGAGUAUUCUUAUAAAUAAAUUCCACACCCACUGCUCUGUGUUCAGAUGGUCAAACACAAGACAAAGCUGCUUAAAGUUAACAAACACAAGACAGAUAGCUGCUUAAAGUUAAUACAGGAAGCAGAGAUUUAAUUUAGAGUUAUUUUUAGAACAUUGCCACGUAGACACUGUCAGUUUUAAAAUAAAAUAUGCAAUUACCCUCUUUCCUCUAAAAAAAAAUUAGAUGUUUCAAUCAGAUAAUGAGCCUGAAGUAAACACAAAAUGCUGGAGUAACUCAGCAGGUUAGGUAGGCAGCAUCUCUGGAGGAAUAGGCUAGGUGGUGUUUUGGGUCAGGACCCUUCUUCAAAUGGUUGCUGACCAAAAACGUCAUCUAUUCUUUUCCUCCAGGGAUGCUGCCCGACCCGCUGAGUUACUCCAGUAGUUUGUGUCUAUCUUUGAUAUAUAUCAGCGUCUGCAGUUUUUUGUGUCGACAUUGAAGUUAGACAGCAGGUGUCGAUGACAGCUAAAUGUAAAAGAACAAAGGGACAUUAGUGUUAAUGUGAAUAUAUAACUGUAAUUCUACAGAAUUAGUUUUAAGUCGCAUUACUAUUUUAUAUUUAAUCUCACGAACAAUUCAUCCAAAGACGGCAUGUUCUGCAGAUAAUCAAGUGCCAUAAGUUAAAUUCAUCAAGGAUGCAAUUUACAUUUUUGAUCACCAAUCUCAUUCCAAAGCUGGAUAGUUGACAGACUGAUAAAUUAUCAAAAUUAAAACUCUCAGGCAAUGAGUAGGUUGUUAACAAGACUGAUCUCAUUGAGUUUUGAAUUUGUGAAGCGCUUAUCAAAACUGUUUUAAAACACACCCACUACACUUUCAAUAGUUUUUUGCAAUUCAAGGUUUGUCAGUAUUAUGAUACUAAUUAUACCUCCAUUAUUAAAUGUUAAUAUAUGUAUUGUUCAAAUAAUAUAUUUUGUAACUUAAUGACAUAGGAAUGUUCAGAAUAUAUUUCAAAUAUAAGCUAUAAAUGUAUACAUUUCUGAAAAAUUAUAUGCAAAAUAAAAACUACUUUUCAUGGAUUCAUCAGCAUCUUUUAUUCAUAAUAAGUAUUACUUUUAUUCAGUGGGAUCAUCGCUAUGUAGUUACCCACAGAGCUAUUGCAGGAUGAAAAAGAU